AUGUCUUGCCAACGAAUCACAGUUACAAAAAGGGGAGUAGAGUUAUAAGAGUAAUUAAAGGACAUUUUGAAGAAAAACUAAAAGAUUCAUAAGAUAGAACAUCAGAGAGGUGUAUUUAUUUAAUAAUAUUAUGUAGAUAAUUCUAGUGAUCCGUUGAAGAGGUAGAAUAUCGGCAAGGAAUAGUUUGGAGGAUACUUGGAACUACUGGAGUAGAAAAUGAAUUCGCCAGAGAAGAUUAAAGUGUUUUUGAAUCAAAGAUUUAGCAAUCAGCCAAAGUUUAUAUAAAAGGAAGUGGAGAAGGUUAGUCAGAAGAUCUACAAUUAUGGAAAUUCUUAGUUUAGAUCUCAUCAUUCAUUGCCCUCCUUGGAUUUUAGAUAGGUUUAACACUUAAAGACUAAGUAUAGUGAUGGGUUUUGGAAUAGUUAGAAUCUCUCAAUGACUGGAAAUACGUUCUUCAAGCCUAAAGACGAUGAGGUCAAAACGAGGAAGGUCAAUUACCUAAUGUUUUAAGAAGCUAAGAUCGAAAGAAUGAUCACAAAAUACGAUAAAUUUAAUGAGAAAGCAUAAUUUAUUCCUAGUUUCGAAAAAGGAAAAUAAAAAAACUCGAAUUUGGCCACUGAACUGUUGAAAGCAAUGGAAAAAAAGGACAAUGAAAACAAGAGUGGAAUCCAUUCAAGAAAUCAAUUAGAAACAUGCUUAAAAUCUCGAUUUAAUGGAAUACAACAGUUAAAGAAGGGAGCGAUUUCAUCAAACUAUGACAGACAUCAUUGGGACAAUCUAAGAGUAGGUAAAUGA